AUGUGUAUCUUGUUGCUUCCCUUUGAAGGUAGUGGUGCAUCAUGCAACAUUGCUGCUUUCUGUCAAAAUGACGCUUUAUUACCAGUAACACAAUGGGGAUGUUGGAUGUCAGGACAAGUUUUUGUACCACUUUUGCAUAAGCUUCCUCACGAAACAUUAAAAUAUAUUAUUUAUGACUCCAACACAAAACUUAUAAUAUCAGCAAAGGAAUACGAAAUUAUAGCGAAGCAGCUUACUGAAUUGUUUGACAUUCCUUUAAUGAUUAUCGAUCACAAUUUCAUGCCAGAAAAAAGCUCUUCGUCCCGCUUCUUGGAAAAAUUGUUACUUACAGUUGGGGAUAAUGUUUUCAUUGAAGGUACUUUAAAUAACGAUUUCUAUUCCUGCUCAGAUGCAUUAUUGGUUUAUAACACCAACGGAGUUGAAAAGCCAAAGGGAUGUAUUAUAACACACAAGAACCUGCAAUCACGAAUUAAAACAACAUCUGAAGUGUGUAAUUACGAGCCCACUGACUUCUUACUAAAUUUAUUGCCCAUGGAUUACUCAACAUACAGCGUACAUUCUGCGAUGUGUUUGUUAAGUGUUGGAGGAAAAGUAACUUUUUAUAAUGAUCUCGAUUGCAAAAACAUAUGGAAUAGAAUACUCUGUAUAAAUGUACCUAGAGAGGAUAGGCCUAAUAUUCUUACAGCAUUACCCUCAACAUAUAUUAAAAUUAUCCAUGAAUACAAAAUAUUUCCCAAGAACCCUCGAAGGGAUGAAUAUAUAAAAAACUAUUGCUUAAAUAAUUUUCGUCUUAUGAUAUCUGGCCCGUUACCAUUACCAAUGAACAUAUACCAUUAUUGGAAUAAACUGACGGGCCAUAAACUUCUGCGAUAUUACGAAACGCCUGAAACUGGAGCUAUUAUAAGUAAUCCAUAUUUUGAAAAUAAGCAACAGAAAUGGCAACAAACCUCGGUAGGCCUUCAAUUGCCACAAACGAGUAUUCGUAUUGCAAAUUCUAAAGAUGAAGUCGAAUUCGCAUAUAAAGGAAGCAAUUUCAAGAACGAAUGGAUCGAAAAUAUUUCCCAAAGGUUAUUUUUCAAUGAGGGACUUGAACCUUUGGUAGGGGAGCUUCAGGUAUCAGGACCAAUUAUUUUUAAAGGAUACCUCAAUCAGAGAGAUGCGAGAAUGUUUUUUGACAAUCAUUUAUUUAAAACCGGAUUUAUUGUCAAAUUUGAAAAUGGUGUCCUUAGAUUGUUACGACAUAAAGAUGAUAUUGUCAGAAGUGUAGGGCAAAGUGUAUCAAGCGGUGAAAUUGAAACAUCGCUACAAACACACCUAAAAAUAAAGGAUGUUGCCGUUGUUGGUGUUCCAGUAAAUUUGGAAAACCUUCAGACAUUUUGUCCUAAAUGGCUUCCUACUUUCAUUUACCUGGAAAUGCUUCAAAUUAUUCCCGAUAUAAAUCGCAAUUCAGUCAGUGAAAUUGACAAAAACCUAUUAACGAAGUUGUUUCUUUAUAGUACUGGUAGCUAAUUUUAUAACAAAUCCUUCCCAUUCUUUUCGUUGUAUCGUGACAUUGUACAUGGUUUUGUAUUUAAUAAAGAAAUAUGUCAUUCAGAAUUUGAAUGACGAGUGAAA